AUGGCCGCCGGCGGCGGCAUGAGCCGGGGGGAGGCGGCCGCCGUGCGCGACUGCGUCGACAUGCUGGGGGACGCUGCCGACGAGCUCAGAGAGUCCGCGGAGGAGAUGGAGCGCAUGAAAGAAGGCCGCGGCAGCGGCACGCAGGAGGCGGAAAGGUUCGAGAUCAGUAACGUGCAGACAUGGGUGAGCGCCGCGCUCACGAACGACGACACCUGCUUGGAGGGGUUCGGCGGCGAUCUCCCAAGCAGUGUCAGUGAAUUAGUCCGUAGUCAAGUUGUGAACGUCGCGCAGCUGACUAGUAACGCUUUAUUUUUCAUCAAUAAGUUGGCUUCUUUCGAACCGUAA